UUUCUUACAGAAAUACCAUUCCCGAACACGACACUUUAAAAAUAAAAAUGUCGAUCGACGGGCUUCCCCUAUUUAAGAGUUCCACUAAGCAAUUGUGACCAAUUCUAAUAUGGGUGGAAAGUUUGCCUGAGGCUCCGGUAAUGCUUGUCGGAGUUUUUUGCCUCCAAACUAAACCGGGGCUGGUGGAAGAGUUCUUAGGCCCACUAGUGGAGGACUUUAAUAGACUCCAAGAAACAGGCUUGCGGUUCGGCGACAAAGUAGUACGCUUAAUACCAAGCGCAUUUGUCGCCGAUUCUCCAGCGCGGGCAUUUGUUAAAGGUAUGCAAAGCACUAUUGUUAUGAAAAUUAAGAAUAUUUUUUUAUUUUAUGUUUUGUUUCUUUCCAGGUACAGUUUACUUUAAUGCAGCGCAUGGGUGCUUAAGGUGUACCUGUGUAGGGGUACACCUCAACUCGGAGCACAAAAUGAUUUUUGAAUCCGUGGACGCCGAACUGCGUACGGACGUCGGCUUUAAACAACGAGUAGACAAAGACCACCACAAACCAUGGCGAUCACCAUUAGAAAAGCUCAAAAAUUUUAAUAUGAUCGACGGUGUUCCCUACGAAGGUCUCCAUCAGUUUGUUCGCGGGGUGACCCUAAAGCUUGUUCUAGGGUUAUACGAGGGAAUUUUUGAAAAUUUUGAAAAGUGGUCACCCCGACAAAAGGAAGCCGUGAAAACUUUUUUGAUAAAGACACGGCUUCCUUCGGAAGUGAAUCGCCCUAUGCGAUCCUUCCGCUAUCGCCAUUUUUGGAAGGCCACCGAAUUUCGGUCCUUUCUUCUUCAUAUUAGUAUUGCGGUCUUGAAGGAUUUUAUGUCUUUUGAUGCAUUCAAUCACUUCUUGUGCUACUUUUGCAGUGUGACGAUUUUUAAUUCAACGGCACACAAGCAUCUUUGGCCUCUUGAGGAAAAGUUCUUAUACAACUUUGUAAAGAACUUUCCGCAGUAUUAUGGUCGAGCCCAUAUGACCAGCAACGUCCACGAUCUCCUGCACGUGUCAGGAGACGUUAACAUGUUUGGAGCGGUUCCUGAAUAUUCCGCAUAUCGGUAUGAGAAUUAUCUUCAAAUUGUACGCCGAUAUGUGAGAUCGGGCACGCAUGUAGUAACACAGGUUGCCGGCCGUAUGCAAGAAAUUGCAUCAGUGCAAGUGGCUACCAAUCGUGUUACUCAAACAUACCCCCGGUUGAAGGGCAAUGGAAAAUUUUUAGAGGCGAAGAGGAUUUCUUCGCUGUUGUACACCGUAAUUGGAAUCCAGUAUGAAACCUGGACGGAACAGUUUAGUGCGUCGGUAGACGGUGAACAGUUAUCGUCUACCGACCUACAUAUCUAUAAGAUAGAUGAAAAUGGUCCCUCCAGGUCGGUGGAAAUACCACAUUAUGCGAUCAAGUGCAAAAUUGUUGCACUUCGCCUACCCUCUACUUCCUUUAAACAUCCUGAUCCGCAACUAUCUUCCAGUCUAAUCUCCUUAACUCCCCUUCUCCAUACUUUUCAAUAAACUAACUAUAUCAACUAACAUAUUUCAU